AAUUUAUUAUUUAUUAGUUUGAUAGAGAAAGCAGAGUUAAAAAGUCUAAAAUUGCCACUAAGUAUGGUAUGAAAGAGAUAACACGCUUCUCGGCCUGUCUUCCAUUUCUUGGAAGAUCGUCACUGAUGUGGGUCACCACAUCAAAAUCUUCUUUUUCCAUUUUGCUCAUCAUUUUUUUUUUCUCAUAUUGGAGUCAAAUGUUUUAGGCUACAAAAAUAGACCUUUACCUCCAUUCCCCCAAUAAUCACAAGCCACGUGAGAGGAAUUGCUUACGUGUCAGAAAGAGAAAACAUGGAAAUCCGAUUGCUAGAGAUGAUCAUCCGUAGUGGAUCAAACCUCCUUGCUAGCCUUAAAUUCACCAAUGUCGACGUGUCGUGUACCCGCCAUCUUGCAUCGACAAGUCGUUGGGUGAGACCAGACAGAACAGAACAGUCAACUCUUCGGACAUUAAACCCCUCAAACCCCCCUCCCUUUCCAAACUUCUAACGCCAGACUCCAGAAACAACAACCCCACCACCACCACUCUUACGAAAUCACUACCAUCGCCGGUCAUGGGGUUCACCACCUGGGCCCCAUCUCCAUCCCCGACUCCUUCCUCUUCUCCCUCGUCAUCACCACCGCCGUCGUCAUCGUCAUCUACGUCAUCUUCGUCGUCGUCAUCGUCAUCACCGCCGCCUUCGAAGCUUCCAGUUGAUUUCAGCCCACCGUUGAUCGCCAUGGUGGUGGUAGUCGCUGCAGCGUUUUUAAUCGUUACAUAUUCACGUCUCAUCUCCAAACGACUCGUCCCUCCAAUCCUCCGCCUCCUCCGCUUCUUUCGACGUCGCCGUCGCCGUCGUCGUUACCUCCCAUCCACCACUACGGACCUCGACUCUCUUCCACCCUCCGAUCCAUUCGAACUCCCUCUUUCUCCUUAUGGCCUCGAUGACUCCGCCAUAAAAACCCUGCCUCUUUCGCUCUACACUUCGAAAACAAAACCCCACAACAGCCCCAAAGACUGUGCUGUUUGCUUGUUGGAGUUCGAAGACGAUGAAUACGUCCGAACACUUCCCGUUUGCUCCCAUGCCUUCCACGUUGAUUGCAUCGAUGCUUGGUUAAAGUCACAUGCUAAUUGCCCGCUUUGUAGAGCUGGAAUCUUCGCUACAGAAUCUCCGUUUACUCCGUUAAUGGCAGCCAGAAUCCGUCCGAGCCUCGACGACACCGUUUUACCCAACAGCACUCUGGAUUCCCUAACGGAAACUCCUUUCCAAACUCUUCCGAAUAACACCAUAACGGAAAUAACCGAAGAGCCGUCACCAAGAAGAGCGAAUGGGAAUAGUAAUUGUGAGGAAAGGUUUAAUUUUGUUUUGAAAAGGUCGUAUUCGUUUGGUUUCGAGAGGAGUUUAGCGGCAGAGAGGAUGAUAACGGAGCCCAACACGGCGUCGCCUUGGAGAUAUAGGAGAGGAGGGAACGGGUUUUGGAGCAAACGGGCGUCGCCCUUUGGGUCGUUAAUGACGAAACCGAGGGUUUUCUCUUUUAGGUAUUACAGAGGGAUGAAAGCUUCGCCAUUUUUUCGACGGAGAGGGUUUUUCCCAUUGUCGGAAUCAAGUGUCAGAUUUACUGGAAGUGGCGGCGGCGGCUCGUCGAGGAGAACCAAGUCAAUGGCGAGUCCCAUGUUUUUAAGAUCAGCGGCUUCCAGUGUGGCGGCUUUUUCAUCAAGUCGGCUCAGGUGCGGGGAUCCCGAGGCACUACUGUCACCGGAGAGGUUCAACAGAAGAUAAAAAAAGAGAAAAAAGAAAGAGAAAACUCUUUCCGAGAAAAGAAAGAAGAAGACAGUGGGACACGUGGAAUGUUGGAUCGAGAGAUCGACGGGAAAGGGGCGGUAGGAGAUUGGGGUCCGGUGACAUUAAUGGGAAACAAGCAUGCAAAGCAGAGUUAAUGCAUGAGAGAGAGAUAAAGAGAGAGGGCGAGAGAGAACGGUCGGGCUCUGGCAAUCGAGUCGAAAAAGGGGAGAAGCAUUAAUGGGAGGUGGGGAGAGGCAUUAAAUGAGAAAAUUGACGAGAGAGAGACACGAUUUUCUGAGCUUUCUCUUUCUCUUUCUCUUCUCCAAGCUUAAAGCCUUCACUAGAGAAAGAUAAAAAAAAACAAAAACCCAACAAGGAAAAGAGCUCAUAAAUGCUGAGAGGUUGAGACUUCAGAUGAUUCAUGGAAGGAAAGGGUUCUCUUAUAUGGGACUGCUGUUGGUUUGGGUUGGGUUUGGUUUGGUUUGAUUUGGUGUUUUCCUCUUUGUCUUGCUACCGACAGAAGUCCAUGUUGGGAUGCGAACAUGGUCAGUUUUUUUGACACAACCCGGAUCAUGUGCUUGCCAUGUGGGCAUGGACCGCACCCAUCUGGUUUUAUUUAUUGAUUGAUUGAUGAGAAGGGGUAGCAGGGGAAAACAAUGGCAGAGAGAGAGUAAUGAGGAGUGUAGUCACUUCUUCUUUUGUGCUGCUCAUUUACCAGGGGUGGUUCAUUUUGUCCAUUCCAUUUGGUUUGGUCACUUCUUUGAAUUCAAUGCAGAUUAUACUGGGAAUUGGAGACAUUAAUUUGGGCUUUCCAUGCCUCUCUUCUAUUGCUUCCACUUUUGUAUAUACACACCACAUCUUUUUCUCCUCUUUA